AUGUGCUCGGGUCCCAGUCUCAAGCGUGUUCACCAUCACGUGGAGGGGCAAGCACGGCCACCGGCAGAGUAUGACAUGGCGCGGCCACGCACGUAUGCCGACGACUAUCCCACUCUGUCCUCCGCCUCUGUCGAGACCUACAACUCCGUCUUCUCAGACACAGACUCCCUGGAGAGCACCAACGUCGACGACGAGGGUGAGGUGACAAAGAAGGAUGGACUCCCGGCGCCAACAGACGAUGAUAUCCCACCGGUGCUGCCACAAUAUCAAGCCGAUAUCAUCGACCCUCUGGUCCGACCAUCAACGCCAGACGCCUUCAGCCGCCUCUUCCCCUCGCUAGAUCGCUUGUCUAUACGACACGACGAUCUGACGCCGGACGGGAACAUGAAUCUGCGCAUCGACACCAUUGUGCCAUGCACCGGUCGCCGGCCCAUCACCGUGCAGCUCUUCCACCUGCGCAUGCAUGACCUGGCCCGGCGCGAGUUCUCCCUGCGAAGAUAUUGCCGGGACUCGGGCCGAGAAGUGUGCAACUCGAAACGAGCAUACGCACAAGCGCCGCCCACGUCCCGACCUGGCUUCCAGCGAUCCAUGUCUUCCGCCCUCCACUCACUGAAGCAUCCCUUCCGUCGAUCAAGCAUCACCUCGAAUCACGCUCCCACCGGGCGUCCCUCGACGGGGAGCAGCGCGACGACUUCGUCAUGGGACGCUGCGUCGAUUCGCUCCAUGCGCAUGCACGCCGACUCGUGGUUGAGUCACAAUCCAUCACCGCCUGCGGCAUCGUCUCUGGUGCCCACGAAUUCGAUCAAGCUGGAGUUCAGCAACUAUGCCCGUGUGGACGUGGACCGCAUGCACGACCGACACGGGACUCGGUACGGGUUUGAGUGGUGGGGGCACAAGUACGCAUGGAAGCGAGUCGUCGAUGAGAACCUGGACAUCACCUCGUUCCACCUCCUCCGCGACGGCAAGGGCCAUGGCGUCGCGCACAUCACGCCCGAGACGCGGAGCCCGAACCAGGUCGAGGCGGAGGAAUGGGCGGGAGGAUGGGUGCCCCCCUGUUUCAUGUGGAUCAGCGACCCCAAGAUUGUAGAUGCGAUGACCGAUGUUGCCGACGUGAUUGUCGCAACUGGACUCGUCGCACUGGUGGACGACUCCAUCAAAGCCCGCUGGCACGUCGUCCGGCCAGCCUACAAAAUGAACAGAGCCCUGACCUGUGACGCGCAUUCGCAUCGCGGCAUGGCCAAGGGGGUGUUUGGGGGGAGGCGGUCCGAACAGCACGCAAAGACACCUCUACGGACACAUCGCUCGGUAUCGUUGUACUAG